AUGGGUUGUUUCAACGCGAAUCUAAGCACAUACGACCAUAGGGUGUGGAGAACAGGGCUUCCCGUCCGCUCAGCCGUACUUAAGCCACACGCCGGCCAGUUAGUAGUAUGGUGGGUGACCACAUGCGAAUCCUGGCUGUUGUUGACUGACCAUUGUUCAUUUCACGAUAAUCUGCUUGUCGAGUUAUGA